AUGGCACAAGUCCCUCAGGAAAAAGAAGGCAAAGACGGCGUUGUGUAUCUCUCCGCUGGAGAUAUCCAGCUUGGCGAAGUGGCGGCAGUUCGUUUCAGACUGUCGAACACUGGGAACCUCGGCAUCGCGUACCGCCUCUUUCCUGUAUCUCCAGAAGAGCUGCAGGAGCCUUUAGAGGCAGACUCUCAGUUUAACCAACGAAGAGGGCAGACCCGUGACACAGCUGGCCUUCCACAAGAUCUACCCGAGGAGUCAGAACCAGAAAAUCGAAGCGCAGAGGAUCCUGUCACGCUCACUUCAACGGAGCUUACCUCAGCUGAAAAUGUGGGAAAGGAAAGCAAUGCAGGCCAGCCGGAAGAAGACUUGAGGAGUCUUAGUGCUUCUGGAUGGCUGGAGGCGCUCCAGGGGGAGGCCGUUGUGCUGGCUCAACGACUUCGGAUCUCAGACAAACAAAAUACUCUUGCCUGGACACGAAUCUUGUCUAGUGGCUUGGGCGGCCUGUUGGAAAGCAGAACGGAGCAAGAUCGCCAGGAUGCUCCCCCCACUGCUCCUCCGUUGCAGCUUUCACUCCGAAGUACUCUUGUUAAGAACGCAGCCGGAGAGUUAGACGCCUUCCAGACGCAGGAAAUUACCAUUCACGAAGAUGUGGUGGUCGUAGUGGACGGACAGUGCGUCUUGCCGCCCGUCUGCAUGGAUGCGCCGCUACACGACCUCGGGAUCUGUGUUCCAGAUAGAGUAUACCGUCAACACUUUCAAGUGGCCAGCAGCAGCACCCUGACCCGCACGUUGCAGGUGGUUUCGCCGGAAGUAGAAGAGAAGGUAUUAUGGGUAGAGCCGCGCUGCUCCUUCGUGCAGCCUAGAGGUGUGGCUUCUCUGACAGCGCACCUCUGUCUAUCUUUCUCCUUCUUCGAACGACAUCCCGAAUACGUGCAACCUCUCCCUCCUGAUGUUGCUAAGACUAAUCUCAAAUCUGUGGCGUUCAAGAUACCAAUUCAGAUAAGGGCAAGCGACCAAAUUCUUUGUGUUCUCACUGAGCUACACUUGCGCCUUUCUCGCACGGCCUUGAAUUUUGGGACGUCCGAAAACACGAUUCGCCGAACGCAAUUAAUCAAGGUCCACAAUCCCUCCCUGUUGGUGGCGUCAUUCGGUUUCCGUUCUUCUGAUCGCGCUCUGCGGGUUUUGGAGCCCCCUCACUUCACAGACCUUAAUGGCGCAAUGAACAGGCAGAAACUCCCAAGGGCAGGUCAAGAUAAUCAGCCUCCUGAACCAGGCAGUCCGUGCUUCACCCCUCCGCAAGACCCUAAUUGUGCCGUUGUUUCUUCGAGCGACUCUGCUCCUAAGGAAGAAACUGCAGGUCCAAAAUGGCACCCUGUCCCUGUGAAAUUCCCUGUGAAGAACUUCCGAGACACACAGACACCGCCUCCCUUUUCAGCCCUUCGGCAGCUGCAGGAGACGGACAGCAAGACGUGGGACGACCUGCAUCAGUACCUUCCCCAUCUAGAUUGCGGAGGAACAGGCAUGCUGCUGCCAGGGGAGACACGAUCCUUCGCUGUGGCACUUGAUCCGACAGAGCUUCGAUGCGACGCCCACGCUCUGCAGCUAGCUACAGGGAAAGCAGUUGAACGGGAAGGCGAGCUUCGCAUGCGGGUCCUGCUGGCGAGCCAAGCCGCCUAUGAAAUCAAAAUUCCUUGGUCCGUUACUCUUGUGGAAUCGCCGAUUGUUAUUUUGCCUUCCCCUAGUUUGAAGUUUCCCGCCAUACCUGUUGGCCAGAAAACAUCGGCAACGUUAGAACUGAAGCUCCUAGGCAAUCAAAUUGCACUUGGAAGGGGAGAUGCCGAAGGAAGCCCAAAGCACUCAAACUUCCCGAAAACUCCUUCAAAAGAAGCCAUGCAGUUCACAGCUGUUCUUGUAGAAGUCCAGCAGCCACUUUCAAGCCUCAGCGCGCUCGGCAUUACCCCAACUCGAGUGUUGCUCUACCCGAAAAGGCGCAGCGCUUCUCUCUUUAUCUGUUUUAGCCCAACCAACGAAUACAUGCAGCUGCUGCCAGCAGUCGAAGCACAAGAAGCUGUGGCGGACCUCGAAGGGUCUUCUCUUUCCAGUGCUAAUGAAGCUGCAAAACAUGGACCACAGCCUGGUGGCGGGGCUCUGAACGGUGAAAAAGCACAACCUACAGCAUCAGGUGGGAGUGCCAGAGGCCGAGAAAGAGCUAAAAAGGCUGUGAAAGCCGAUGCCACCGCACCAAUGGACUCGAAAUCCGCAACAGAAAAACGCCCGCAUAGAGAUGCGAAGCCUAAGAACAAUAAACCAGGCCUCAAGUCUGGAGAAAGCCUUGUAGAGGAAGAUGAGAAUGCCACUGUGUGCCUCUCAGAAGACUCCGCUGAGGCUGUAGGCAAUGGCCACAGUGUGGCAACGGCUGGUGCUACAGAAGGGCUUAGCGACGUUGCUGACCCUGCGCGGGAGAUUACUAAUGGCACGGCUCUACGCACAGCGCUCCAGCAGGUGACCAAGGCUGGGGGAGCUCGGUGGACAAGCUUAGAAGACGACGGGGGGGCCGACUUCUUUGCUUUUGACGACCCACGAGCGUUCCAUCACGCGCGUUGGCUCAUACCGCUAAAAAUAUGGCGUCUGUCACCCAGACAGGUUGACGCUUUCCUUUCUGGGAGGGAGGCGGACUCUCCGCAAUUACCCGUAUUUGGAACAUCACAGUCAUUUAUUGAGGUCAGCACUUGCGCAACUCCCCCCCUCGUCGUUGCUUCCAUGAAGCACGUGGACUUUGGCUCGGUGAUGGUGGGGCAGCGGGUGUUCCAGCAGGUGUACAUCACGUUAGCUCCCUUUGCACCGCCAUGCUCCCACACCUUCCAAGCCUUGCCGCUGCCCUUGGGCUGCAGGUUCAGCCUGAUCAGCGUUGCUCGAGAAGUCUCACCUGAACGCCCACUCUGCCUCACCAUUGCCUUUCAGCCUAAUGCACCACAGAAUUUCGCUGCCGACCUGACCCUUCAGUCGGCGCGCACCCGGAUAACAGUCUCCCUUAGCGGAUCAGGCAUUCAGCAGACAGUCGACGUGGUUCCUUUUCAGACAGCGUACGACAUGGGAGCUGUGCUCUGUCCACCUCAGGGAAAAGGUACCUCCCUGCUACUUGAAUGCGGCGCAGAGGGUUGGCUCAGAGGCGACUUCGAGCUCAAGCUUGCCACUGAGGGGCAUAAUUCGAGGGUUUUGAGUUUCUUUGGGCUUGCAACUGCAAACCCAAUCUACGUAACUGCACCGAUUCUACGCGGUGGGUCAGUUUGUCCUCCCCGGGAGGCCGCUGCCUGUUCUUCGCAUGAGGGCAGCAGCGGCCACAACAGCAGCAGCAAGUGCUGCUGCGAUGGCUCGGUGGAAUCCAAAGACUUUGAAGGCACUCUACGAGAUGGUAAUACCUGCUUGGCAUGUUGCAUGGAGCUUCUACCACGGCUUUCCGCAGAGCGCAGUCUUUUAUGCCCGGACGAGCUGGACACCCCUUGGAAUCGCACGAUUACGGAUGAAGGAAAUCCUUCUCCAAAAGCAAAGGGUCAAAGCCUUUCUCAUCAGCAAGCGCAGCUGGCGGGGAGUGACUCCAGCCCUGAAAAAAGGCGUUUCGAAGUGCCGCAGAGCCUGCAAAUCCUUAAUGUCCAGUUCGGCUCCCCUCCCGGCGGUGGCUGUUUUGAAGAACCAUGUGAGGGCCCAAGCCAUAUGCACGGAGAUAGAGUCAACACCCAGACUCAGUCCGCCCGUAGCCCUCCACCAUCAGGGCGGGAUGAAAGGCAAAAAGUAGACACAGGGGGGCUGCUGCACGAAGCCGAUUUGAUAGUCAACAAUGAUGUAACACGUACGAUAGUUGUGGCUGGGGCGUGGAGCCCUGGACGUCAGGGCUUGCCUCCCUAUGCUUCUGCCAGGACUGAAACAUGCGGGAGCUUUGAAAUUACUGUUGACCCUUCACCAUACUCGCGUCUGUUUACCUUUGAACCAUCGAAAGGGACUGUCUCACCUGGAAGUCAGCAAAUGAUUCGUGUUAAUUUCUACCGGCAACCCCCAACAAGUGGUGAGAGAAGUUGUAUGCAGCUUCCUUACAACCAAGGCUAG